AGAUUCACAAUCAUCAUUUUUACCCCAUUAGUCAUUUCUUUAAUUCCCCGGCAAGACUGCUUCCGUAUCCAAAUAAAGGAGAGAGAGAGAGAGAGCGGGAGAGAGAGAGAGAAACCCUAAUUUCUCAGUCUCACACUUCUUCUGGAGACUUCCACUCCAAUUUCUGAAAACCCUUCCCCUCCGUUCCACCGCAGCUCCGUUCUCGAUUUCAGGCCCCCGGUCCACUAAUGACGGACGAACGCAACGGCGAUCGGAACGGAGACCGGAGCGAGAGCAGCGAGGAUUACUCGUCGGAGGACGAAGGGACGGAGGACUACAGGCGCGGGGGGUACCACGCGGUUCGGGUGGGCGACGCGUUCAAGCACGGGCGCUACGUCGUGCAGAGCAAGCUCGGGUGGGGCCAUUUCUCCACCGUCUGGCUCGCUUGGGACUCUCAGAAAUCUAUAUACGUUGCCUUGAAAGUACAAAAGAGUGCUCAGCAUUAUACCGAGGCAGCAAUGGAUGAGAUAACGAUCCUAAAACAGAUUGCUGAGGGAGACCCAGCUGACAAGUACUGUGUUGUUAAGCUUUUGGAUCACUUUAAGCACUUAGGGCCAAAUGGGCAGCAUGUCUGCAUGGUUUUUGAGUACCUGGGGGAUAAUCUUUUGACUCUUAUUAAGUACUCAGACUAUCGUGGGAUGCCGAUUAACAUGGUAAAAGAAAUUUGUUUCCAUGUCUUAAAAGGAUUGGAUUACUUGCAUCGCCAGCUCUCAAUUAUACAUACUGAUUUGAAACCUGAGAAUAUAUUGCUUUGUUCUAUGAUUGAUCCGGCCAAAGACGCGAGAAAGUCAGGCACACCUCUUGUUCUUCCAUCUAGCAAAGGUAAGAUAGUGUGCGAGUCUGGGGCUUCAAAAGACAUCAUGAGCUUGAAGAGUGACCUGACAAAGAACCAGAAGAAGAAAAUUCGGAGAAAGGCUAAGCGGGCAACUCAAAAUUGCACUGGGAAUGAAGCUUCCCAGGAAACUGAGCAUGAUGGUGAAACGCCUGGUUCUGAAGAUUCUCAUAAUGAUGAGAAAACAAAUGGGGAUUUUGUUGAAGAGCAUACCAGCGAUGCAGCUAUACAAGACAAAUCGACAAAUACUGAUGGGUUGGAGAGGGCUCCCCGUGAAAAUCAGGGUCAUAGGAGGGGAAGUCGUUCGACACGGCAAAAGCUGUUGGCUGAAAUAGACCUUAAAUGCAAACUGGUUGAUUUUGGGAAUGCUUGUUGGACGUAUAAGCAAUUCACUAGUGAUAUCCAGACAAGACAGUACAGGUGUCCAGAGGUGCUCCUUGGGUCCAAAUACUCUACUUCAGCUGAUCUGUGGUCAUUUGCUUGCAUCUGUUUUGAACUGGCCACAGGCGAUGUCCUCUUUGAUCCUCAUAGUGGUGACAACUAUGAAAGGGAUGAGGAUCACUUGGCAUUAAUGAUGGAGCUUCUUGGAAUGAUGCCACGCAAGAUUGCUUUAGGUGGUCGCUAUUCCCGGGAAUUCUUCAACAGAUACGGUGAUUUAAGGCACAUCCGCCGCCUGCGGUUUUGGCCCAUGAAUAAAGUGCUUAUGGAGAAGUAUGAGUUUAGUGAGCAAGAUGCAAAGGACUUGGCUGAUUUUCUUGUUCCCAUACUUGAUUUUGUUCCUGAAAAAAGACCAACAGCAGCCCAAUGCCUUAUUCAUCCAUGGAUCACAGGACCUCGGCUUCUUGAGCCCCCUUUGUCUGGUUCUCAACCGCAAGCCACAGAUAGUUGCACGUCCGAGAAGAAGAGGGAGAAGGAUGAUAGGGAGGCCAUGGAGUUUGGAGUGGGGAAUAUGGUCAUUAAUGGAGGUUCAGAACCAGGAAAAGAAGCCAAUCGGUAGACCCACCAAAAUAGCCACCUUCUUCUUUAACAGAUUUCACCAAUUGCGGAUUUUCCGUUCGAUUUUUUCCCCUGGUGAGGAGCACCGGCCCUUCAUUGGAGAUUGUUUUCAUGUUUUGGUGAUUUGAGCUGGGAAGCAUAUGCUCUUAGCGUGAGAGAAGAUGGGAUUUUUGCUCGAAACCAUUUAUCUGCUUAGCUAACGAGAAAAUGUUCUUUCCAAGCAUGGUCAGGGUAUAGAAGGAUAUCUUUGUCACGAAUGGCUUUCCUCUAUAUCAAGGAUUUUGUUUGUAGUAUUAACAGUUUUGUUGGAUUUGGCGGUCCAUAUAAAACACAUUCCUUCUGAAGCAGGUGCGAUUGGCAUAUGUUGGAUUUGAACUGUUCAGUAUGAGUGAUUGUUCUAGUUUUUGUAUGCCAGAGCCGCUGCCACGAUAUUUGCCCUCGA